AUGGCGGCCAAUGGCACCAUCUGCAAUGGCGAGAACGAUUUUUCCAAGCGCUUCUACGCCAUCAUGUACACCAUCAUCUUGGUUCCGGGACUGAUCGGGAACAUUUUAGCUCUCUGGGUCUUCUAUGGGUACAUGAAGGAAACAAAGAGGGCGGUGAUCUUCAUGAUCAACCUCGCCAUCGCGGACCUGGCUCAAGUGUUGUCCUUGCCGCUGAGGAUUUUCUAUUACCUGUCCGAGAGCUGGCACCUGGGGAACGGCCUCUGCAUGUUCUGCUUCUACCUGAAGUAUGUGAACAUGUAUGCCAGCAUCUACUUCUUGGUCUGCAUCAGCGUCAAGCGCUUCCUCUUCCUGAUGUACCCCUUCAAAUUCAACGAUUGCAAACGCACGUUUGACGUCUACGUCUGCAUUGCUGGGUGGGUUAUCGUCUGCCUGGGCUGUUUGCCGUUCCCCCUUCUGCGACUUACCUCGAAUGAGACUCAUCUCAACAACAAAUGCUUUGUGGAUCUCCCGGUGAAGUCAGUCGAUGGGAGAAUUUCCAUCUCAAUGAUGACUAUCGGGGAACUGGUUGGAUUUAUCACGCCUCUGCUGAUCAUCCUGUAUUGUUCGUGGAAGACGGUCUUGUCUCUAAAAGAAAAGAAUUCUCUGUCCCAAGACCUGGGAGAGAAACGGAAAGCUUUAAAGAUGAUCUUGACUUGCGCGGUGGUCUUUUUGAUCUGCUUCGCCCCCUACCACUUUAGCUUCCCGUUAGAUUUCUUGGUGAAAUCCAACAAGAUUCAAGACUGCUAUGCCCGGAAAGUGAUCUCGAUAUUCCACCCGGUGGCUUUGUGUCUUGCCAGUCUCAACUCUUGCGUAGACCCCGUCAUUUACUACUUUACAACGGAUGAAUUCCGAAGACGACUUUCAAGGCAAGACUUACCGGACAGUUUUCACCUCCAUCAGCCACGCUGUGGGCAUUCAAAUGACCCAGAGCAGAGCAGCAGCACAGGGAGAUUGGUGGAAAGUCUGCAUUGCACUCUCUAG